UAGUGUUACAUAAAAUAUGUGUCCUAUUUUCAUAAUUUACUUAAAAACUGAUAAUUACGUAUUAUCACUCUACUAAUGAAAAAAUAUGUUAUUGUUUUUAUUAAUGCGAUAAAAUUCUUUAAUGCAACCCUGACAAUGAGAACGUCAAAACAAAAGGAAUAAAAAUAUUUCAGUAGGCCAUUUUGUUAUAAGUGAUUUGGACGUGAAAAUUGUGCACUUGAGUGUAUUAGAUUUUAGUGUAUAUCCUAAAAGUAUAAUUAUAAUUUUUUAAGAGUCAGUUUGCUAUAUUAUAAGAUGGGUCGCAAGAAAAAGAAGGCUUCUAAACCAUGGUGCUGGUAUUGCAAUCGUGAGUUCGAUGAUGAGAAAAUUUUGGUUCAACAUCAAAAGGCUAAACACUUCAAGUGUCACAUAUGUCAUAAGAAGUUAUACACAGGGCCAGGAUUAUCAAUUCACUGCAUGCAGGUUCAUAAAGAAACUGUAGAUAAGGUGCCGAACUCUUUGCCGAACCGAUCUAAUAUUGAAAUAGAGAUAUUUGGUAUGGAUGGAAUUCCAACAGAGGAUGUCCGAGAGCAUGAACGGCAAAAAAAUGGCGGUAAAUCAGAUUCUGAUGAUGACGAACCAGCUGCAAAGAAAAAAGUUGAAAUACCUUUAACGGCUCCUCCUCCCAUGAUGAUGCCACCAAGCAUGAUGCAACCGAUGAUUGGUCAAUACGCGCCAAUGGGAUUGAUGUCCAAUAUGCCGCCAAUGGCACCAAUGCCUCCAUUUUUAGGUCCGGGUGGUAUACCAAUGAUGCCACCUCACAUGAUGCCACCGCGACCUCUAUUCCCUGCAACUAUGGCUGCAACAAUGGCUGCAACAACUUCUGCAGCAGCGGUACAUGCCCCCAUAGUUCCACAAAAGCCAACGUUUCCUGCGUACAGUAAUGCCACAAUAAGUGCACCACCAACAACCAACAAUCAAAGUGCAACAGGAAGUAGUGCUGCACCACAUGAGACCUCUAAAGCACCACCUGUACUUGCUGUUGGAAAUUCUGGUAGCAUUACAUCGAAAAUCAUGCAUCCACCAGAGGAUUUAAGUUUAGAAGAGUUACGUGCGCGCAAACCAAAAUAUCAGAAAUCCUACAACUGUGUUGGGAGCAAUAAUCAUAACCAACGGAUUACAUCAAUUAGUGCACGCAAUAUCAAUCAUAAUACAGUUGUCAGCAGCGGAUCAUCUACAACAAUUCCAACAAAUUCAAGUACGUCAAGUGCAGCGGCUGCCCAGGCUGCAGCUAUAUCAAAGGCCCAGGAAGCUGCUGCAAUGGUAGCGGUUGCACAGGUCCAAGCAGCUCAAGUCCAAGCACAAGUACACGCUCAGGCGCAGGCGCAGGCUCACGUGCAAGCAGCACAAGCGCAUGCGCAUGCCCACGCUGCGGCGCAGGUACAAGCAGCGCAAGUUCAGGCACAGGUGGCACAAGCACAAGCUCACGCUCAAGCGCAGGUCGCUCAAGCGGUAGCCGCGCAACAGCAGCAACAACAAAAACAAUUGGAAGAUCUCAAUCGGGCUGUGAUACUGCAACGUCUACAAGCCACACGACCAGGACAUCCGCCAACGGCACUUGGCACAGCCGCUGGCGCAACGGUAGGCAUGAUUCUCCAAAGUAACACAAGUAAACACCAACAAUUAAAAGAAUAUAAAGUGCCAUAACCCAGACACUAAUUACGCUUCUAAAUUUGAAAUGGGGACAGGGGGUACUUUAGGGAGAGUCACGUGUAGUAUACAAUUUGUUUAAAAGUGUAAUAUAAUCUUCUUGUACAUGACUCAAACUCUUUUAUUUGCAUUAAGUAAACUUAGUAAGAAUAUUAAUUUCAGAAUUUCAUGAUAUGAGUUGCAAUCUGGUAAUAACCACACACACCAUAUGAUGGUUAUGUUGAAAUCAAUUGAACGAAGUGUUAAAAUAGAAAAAAAUGAUUAAAUUUAAUCAAUCAGGAUUCGGUUAUAUGUAGAUAAGCCCAGUACUUUCCAUAUAAAACCUUUGGAAUUAUAUUAGAUUCUAGCUGUUUUCGAGUCAAUGGCGAUUUUGGCCUUCCGAUUGACUUUAUACGAUAUUUAAAUAUCAAUAUGCGAAACAUCUUAAAGAGAUGGAACGAACAUGUUUUCUGGGCUUACAUAUAUCCUUGCAGUAAUUUGGAGUGUUUCUCUUAUCAGUACCAAAAAUCAGCGAUACCAAUUACUACUUUUCCCCAAGCACUACAUUAGCUUAGUCGUACAUUUCAAUCCAACUUAAGCAAUUUAUGUAUUUAAAUAAACAUAUGUAUUUGCUAAUUUUUAUGAAUAUGAUUACAAUUACUGUAAAUUAUUUUUAUCUGUAGUUUUCAUAAAUUUUUAAAGGAGGCUUAUUGACAGUCUCAUAUAAUGUUGCCAUAUAUGUCCGUCAAAAUAAGUGAGCAAACAUCCCGAUAAAACUUCGUACAUAACUUCUAUGUGCAAUUAUGGACUAUAGAACGGCCCAAAUACAAAAACUUUAAUAUGUUGAAAACUUCAUAGAGUAAUAAGAUGGAGAAUAUGGCAAAAGUAAACCAUUAUACUGAGAAAAUAAUCCAGUAAAAAAAUUAGCACAUGUCUCUCAUAAUCUUUGCUAUUACUGUAAAUUUAAAAUUUUUUCAAUUUGACUUGUGCCAACGGGAAUCGAUAAAUAUAUUAUUAUGGAAUGUCAUGUUUCUGAAAUCAGGCAAAAUUAAUAACCACAAAUAACGGGUUCUAACUAAGAAAGAGUGUAGCAAGAGUAAGUAUUUUUAUAUUACCAGAUUAUUUUAACAAAACUCUAAUUUUUCGUCGUUUUUAAGUCGAUUAGAUAGACAUUUAUAUUAUUGUUUACAUAGGCCUGCAAAAAUAUAAGAAAGGUUGUUGAAUAGUUACGAUAAGAGAAAAAUCUUUCCACUAAAGAUCAUGCUGAUACUUGUUGUUUUAUAACAUAUCAGAUGUUUUCUUCAUAUGGCUUCUAAAAAGCCUUUAGAAUUUUAAAAAGAGUUGCUGAUUCGAUAUAUUUAUCGCCCAAUUACUUUGGUAUUAAUUAUACAUAAUAUAUUAUACAUAAAUGAAUGUCCAUAAAAUCCUAUUACUGAAAAUGCCAUAGGCUAUUACCUUCUUUUAGAAGUAUUUGAAAACAUAAAAGUACACAUAUUUUCAUUUAGCAGACUUUUAAGAUUAAUCUAGGUUUUUGACAACAGCCUAAAGCGAUGUGUCAGAACACAAGCAGUUUGAGUGUACAAAUAAGCCAACAGUCAAAGAAAUGUUUGAUAUUGAAAUAAGAUAAGUAACAAUAAAUUCAUUAAAAGCAAAGAAAAGAUAAUAUCAUGUAAGUAUAAUUUUCACAAUAUUAGUAUACAUAAAUAAAUUGUCGUAAUAAAUAGUUGCUGAGUUGGUUGGUUGAUUAAUGGAUAUGUCUUACAAAUAUCUCAAUGUUAUUUUUUCCGUAAAUUACAAUAGUGAUGGGGCAUUUAGUGUAUUUAAUUUUUAUGCAAUUACAACAAAUAUUGCAUUUACCAUAAACUUUAUUAUAAAUAAUAUAGUAUUUAAGUGCAAGUGCAAGACCAAAAUUAUCCACACCUAAUUAGAUGAAAUUUAAAACUCAGUAUUCUGUUUAUCAACACAUACUUACCUACUGAAUACUAAAGCGAUGACGGUAAUAUCCAGCUCCUUAUACACAAGUCCCAAUUGUUUUCCAUUUCUCAUUCCCUUUGCAUUUAAUCUGUUAACUCACGCUCGUUACUCAGCAUUGUAAUCACACAUCUCCAUCAACAUACUAUAUGCAAUUAUCUCACUUCUCUUAAUCAUCUUGUAAUCACAUUGGUCAAAAUUACUCAAACAAAAUCUAAAUCGGAAUGAUAAAAUAGCUCUUAGUAAUAUCUAUGCGUUGUGAUUAUGCAUUUUGUUUAAAACUAUCGGAAGGCGAUUAACUUAACAUAGUAAUUAUAUUUAUUGGGAUCUAAAUGUGAUUAUUUAAAACAAAGUAAAUAAAAAU